GCCAUUUGCUGCUGCUGUUGCCACGCGGUGUUCGAGUCUCUCCAUCCUCGCGCGUCAUAGAGGAGGGACGGAGCCGUCUCCGAUUGGCACGUGUACGCACGAAUACGUCUAACGAGGGAGGAUAGUAAUUUCAACAGCGCCUUCCAGACCCUUCUCAAACAUUUGAGGACAGUCGGACGAGCAGCAGGCAGACACCAGCCGGCGUUUUCAUACGAGAGGGUCUGGAAAUUUUCCAUCUGAGCAGGAAGAGGAAGAAGAAGAAAAAGAAGAAGAAGUACUUCCCGCGAGACACACACAAGUUAUUCACACACGUCUUUACGCUUCAACUGAAGAGAGAGAAAGAAGUUGGCCACUCUGCUGCCAUGUCUGUCAACAUCCACAUCAACAGCCCUAAUGUGAGGUACACAGACACACACAUUGUGUCUCAGUACUCCUACCAGACCACAUCGGUCCACACAGAGGGGAACAAAGUCACGGUGACUCCUCGCACCACUGAAAUGACAUUUCGCACAGAGAGACGCGUGUCCCGGUUGGGUGUAAUGCUGGUGGGAAUUGGAGGCAACAACGGGACCACAGUGAUAGGAGCUGUACUGGCCAACAAGCUGGGUCUCAGCUGGAGGACCAAAACUGGACUGAAGAAAGCGAACUACUUCGGCUCCCUCCUGCAGGCGUCCACUGUUUGUCUGGGAUCGGGGCUGGAGGGCGAGGUCAACGUGCCCCUGGGUGACCUCCUGCCCAUGGUGCAUCCUAAUGAUAUAGUCUUUGACGGCUGGGAUAUCUCCUCAAUGGAUCUUGGCCGUGCGAUGGAGAGAGCUCAAGUGUUUGAGUGGUCGUUACAAGAGCAGCUGCGACCACACAUGAGCCGCAUGAAACCCAGACCGUCCAUCUAUAUCCCAGAAUUCAUCGCUGCAAACCAGGAGAGUCGGGUGGACAACGUCCUCACGGGGAGCAUGGUGGAGCAGGUGGAGCAGAUCCGCGCAGAUAUAAGGGACUUCCGACAGUCUAGUGGUGUGGACAAAGUCAUCGUUCUGUGGACCGCCAACACUGAGCGCUUCUGUGACAUCAUCCCGGGGGUCAACGACACUGCGAAGAACCUGCUCGCUGCAAUCCAGGCUGGAGCAGAGGUUUCUCCCUCCACUCUGUUUGCAGUGGCCAGCAUACUGGAGGGCUGCGCCUACAUCAACGGCUCCCCGCAGAACACUUUUGUGCCCGGGGCCAUUGAGCUGGCCGUGCAGAAAGGCGUGUUCAUUGGAGGAGAUGACUUCAAAUCAGGUCAGACCAAGAUCAAGUCAGUGUUGGUGGACUUCCUGGUCAGCUCAGGUAUCAAGCCGACCUCCAUUGUCAGCUACAAUCACCUUGGCAACAACGACGGUAAGAACCUGUCGGCUCCGCAGCAGUUCCGCUCCAAAGAGAUCUCCAAGAGCAACGUGGUGGACGACAUGGUCCGGUCGAACCCCAUCUUGUACCAGCCUGGAGAAAAACCUGAUCACUGUGUGGUGAUUAAGUACGUCCCGUAUGUGGGAGACAGCAAGCGCGCCAUGGAUGAAUACACGUCUGAAAUAAUGAUGGGAGGAACCAAUACUAUCGCUCUGCACAACACCUGUGAGGACUCUCUACUCGCCAGCCCGAUCAUCCUUGACCUGGUGAUCCUGACCGAGCUUUGUCAGCGUGUGACUGUCCGACCCCAGGGAGAGGAGGACUUCCAGUCCUUCCACAGUGUCUUAGCGCUGCUCUCCUUCCUCUGCAAGGCACCCCUGGUCCCCUCAGGCACCCCAGUUGUCAAUGCCUUUUUCCGCCAGAGAGCCUGCAUAGAAAACAUCAUGAGAGCGUGCCUCGGCCUUCCUCCUCAGAACCACAUGCUGCUGGAGCACAAGCUGCAGAGAGACUUCCUGCCUCCACAUACAACCUACAUCAAUGGCAACGUGGCUACUUUGAAGAAAGUUUCCCACACCAACGGGAACCAUAUUCCUCUAACAAAUGGCAUCCACGCACAUGUCGAUGAUGCAGUACAUGCACUAUGACCGCAAACACAACACUACAGCCCAAGAUAUGACUGAGGCAUAGCCUGACACCUUGUUUUAAAAGAACAAAGUCCCUCAUUGGUGAAGCUGUCGAUGCAAAACAAACAAGGCACACUUUCGUAAGAUGCAUUUAAAAUCGUAGGUAUUUAGCAAGCCUAUUGAAGAAUCACGUGGUGCUGCGACAUUUACAUAUCAUACAUGCAUCUGUCUGUUAAAGCUACUGAGCAUCAUCAGAGGCCAAUAUGAAGCCCUUAGACUACUAUAAUAUCCUCACAGCAACACUGUUGAAAGCAGUUAAAUUAUAUUUCAUUGUUUUGCAGGAUUAACCAUGUACUGAAUAUUUAAAUAAAUAAAUGCAGGAUUUUUUUGCAUGUAUCUUUAUUCAAGUAGUUUUCUGUGUGCAGCGCAUGUGUAACAUACAAUAUUUCUAUAGUUCUUAAAUAGGUUUAUAUGUGUAACUUGCAAAUGUGAAACUGAUCUUGCAUCUGUGAAAAUAACGAAACUGAAAAAUGACAGGCAUCUUCAUAACUUAGUGUAUUUUGUGUCGUUGUCUAUCACUGCCUUUCUGUAGCUUUCUAUGUGUUUGUGUUUGAGGCUAAGUUACAUAAUGUGGGUGCAAUUUUGUUGAACAGUUACUCGGGCUAUUUAUAUACAGUAAACCUUAAAAUAUUGUUUGAACUUAA